AUGGGCCGAACUGGUAGCAUGGCCAGCGAUGGUCAUGAGCGGUUGGAACCUCGGCUUCUUCGGGCCGCAGAGAGCGACGACGUAGAAGCUCUUCGCAAGGUGGUGGAUCUAUCGCGGACAUAUGGCCAGUUUGGCGAUAAUCUCCUGCGCGUGGGACUGAUGCGCAGUGCGGAACGAGGCUCCGCAGCUGCGACCGAGUACCUCCUGAAGCUGGGCGCACAAGCCGAUGUUACAGGCAAUAGACUGUCACCACUGCUUCGCGCUGUCGAGCGAAAUCACUGCCAAAUCGUGCGUCUCUUGCUCGACUUUGGCGCUUCACCCGAAAGCCCAGAUAAAGAUGGUCGGACGGCGUUGAUGACAGCCGCCUGGAAGAACCACGCCGAUAUCUUGCAGCUUCUUGUCCAGCGCGGUGCGAAUGUGAAUGCAAGGGACCAUCGGAAGCGCAAUGUCUUGCACAAUCUGGCCGCGGACAAGGAGUGUCGAUGGGGGUGGGGCGAGGAGAUUGUUCAGAUGCUGCUGAGAACGGAGUGUCUCAUCGAUGGUAUCGAUGGGCAUGAUGAACUUGGAAGAACACCACUGCAUUGGGCUUGCGCGCAGGGUAAUUGGAGAUUUGCGGAACUGCUUUUGACAAGACCUGACGGACCCAAGGCGAAGAUUGACGCAGCAGAGUCGAGAGGGAAGACUGCAUUGCAUAUUGCUGCUGCACACGAUCGAGUCGAUAUCGUUCAGCUUUUACUACGACAUCACGCUUCGAUCAAUGCUUGCAGUGACGGUGGCUGGACGCCACUCCAUAAUGCCUGCGAACGAGGCUGCGAGCCUAUUGUUCGCAUUCUAUUGCGCGCCGGCGCUCACAUCAACAGUCAAUUGUUGAACGGCGUGACGCCUCUACAUCUUGCCGCGCAGGGCGGUCAUACAGAGGCUGUUCAAUGCCUCCUUGAGCGACAAGAUUUAAAGAGGCGGGUGCGUGAUAACUUUGGCAGUACGCCUUUCUUGCGGGCAGCACAAUUCAAGCGCAAGGAUAUUGUUCUGCUUCUAGCGCCCUUCAACAAUGUUGAUUCUCUUUCGGAUGAUGUGAAAGAGGCAUGCAAAGCCUUCGAGGCGCCCAUCGUUGAUUUUGGGAACUUUCACAACGGCAAUCGGGUUCAAAAGAAGUCUGUCUUUGACCUUCUCUAUGGCCGAGACGCAGAGAACCCUCGGAAGCAGGCCGUCACUACUGUACCUGCGGACAGUCGAGCUACAGACUUUCGGUGGAUCCAUCUUCCUGCAAACAACAUGGCAUGGGUCGAGGCGCUGCUCACCAAAUCGUUUAUCGAAGAAGGUGCACAUGACGUUGACGGGUUCAAAGGUCUGGAAAAGUCUUUUAACUAUCAGCAUCAUGGACAGAAGAUUCACUCUCAUUUCAUGCGGCCAAUGUGCCAGUAUACCCCUCGUUCAAUUGAGCGGCAUGAAGAAGAAAAAAUAGAGAAACUCGAAAGACAACAGUCUGAUACAAUGCAAUCUGUCAUGACCGAUUCCAGCUCUGUUCAUCGCAAACAGAAAGGCUCUGCCGUCAAGCUGGACCGGGUUGAAUCCCAUUCGCCUGACGAAGGCUCGGGAGGCACCAUGGCGAAGAAGCCCAGACAUGGCAAGUCUGGGAAACCUGGGAGCAACCCAGGGACACCCAAGAAUGAGACGAAAAGCAAAAAUCCAUGGGGUCAUGCGGAUAAGCAUGGACGCUCCUCCCUGUCUUCUCCGCAUUGUCGUGACGCUUCACAUUCCCAGGCCUCGUCAUGCAAUGUCUGCGUGUUCAUGCCUUACCUGCAUUUUGAGACCACAGAGAGGAGGCAGAAGAUGCAAGAGGCAAUCCAGCGCGCAGAGCUGUUGUCGCUCCAACCAGCUGGGCUCAAGAGGAUCCGUACGCGCGAUGAGAUGCUUAUUGAUGCGCACCUGUCAUCCUCGACGACGUCCCUCCACGUCCGGCGAACGUUAGACCAGUUCUUCUAUCCAAACAUCGAUACCCAAAGCCGCGAUCAAGAUCAAGUGGUUUAUCGAUAUCAGACAAAGGGUCCCGGGCGUGACAGCAUUGGAACGGAUCCGAAGAUCUUCAUGGUUGACCAGCUCUGGAUGUGGAUUCUCGGCACAAACCUCAUCGUGACAAGCUUUCCACAGCGAUGGGAUCAACCAAAGAAUGAUCCUCUCAACGUUCUGGAUGGGAUUAUCGAAGACAUCAAUUCCAAGACCCGAGAUUCAGUCAAGUCGGUGUAUGACCUGGCAAUCAUCAUCACAAACAGGUGCUCGGGAAUCUUUGACCGUCAUCGUCGAGGCGACGAUGAGUAUCAGUUCUUGGACAUGUUUGAGUCCUCCAUUGGUAUCGCUACUGACCGAGAGACGCUGCUAUUCAAUCGCUUCAACCAUGCCUCUUCGCAAGCAUCUGCAUGGUUGAGGAGUCACCGCAGAUUGAAGCCGCUUGCGCGCAGCUCGGCCCGCUCGAUCUCCGGCCGAGAGGGUGUGGACGAGAAAUUCUCACCGGAUGAGGAAGAGAGUUACCUUGACGAUGAGCAACCCCUGUUCAUUGACCGCCUGCUAGAUAUUGGCGAGGAGACAGAUCUCCUGGCAGAGACAAAGGAUAUUCGUGAUGAGCUGAAUAUGAUUCGAGCUGUGCUCGAGCAUCAGCAGCAUGUCUUGACUGACUUGCAAGAUGUGAUUUGCUCAGUGUAUCUUGCGCAGCAGAUGUCCCAAACCGAUGUGAAGAAGCGUUUCAAAGACCAGCAGCGCGUGAUUGACAUGCAUUUGAAAGAUAUAGACCGCAUGGACAAGCAAGCUGAGCGUAUCUACCACUCCAUUACCGAUCUGCUCGAUCUGAAGCAGAAACAUGCAAACGCGUUCGAAGCACGAUUCGCCCGAGAUCAAGCAGCAGGCACAGCUCGCCAGGGAAAGACAAUCAUGGUGUUUACAAUUGUCACCAUCAUCUUCCUUCCUCUGUCGUUCAUCGCCUCGAUAUUUACGAUCAACAUGAAAGAUUUCCAUGAUCUAACCCUUGGCUAUGUGGCUCAGUACGUGUUUGGCGUCGGGUUCGCCAUCUCGAUUCCUCUGAUCUUGCUCGCGCUGGUUGUCGAUGACAUCGGCGGUCUCUUGAGAUCCAGUUCAGUCCGCGGUCGGAGUUGGCUGUCUCACAAACUGAGUGCAGCUUCUGCACCGAAUGGCAGCGAUGACCAGCUUCAUGAUCUCCAAAUAGAAAAGAUGAUGAGUUUGGCGCGAACUCGGAGAAGCCAAGAUCUCGGCUACGGACCUGGCCUGUUGCCCAUGUCCACUCGUAACUCGAGUAGAAGUCGUUCACGUGCCGGACCACGUGAGAACGGGUUGACGAAAAGUAUGAUGCGAAGCAGUUACGAAGUCCGCAGAAGUGUGGAAUACAGAUCCUACUAA